AUGAGUUUUUACAAUGGUAUUCAAUGCUGUGAAUCAGCUUCAGAUUUUGCUAUUCCCAUCUUCAAGCAGCGUGAUAGAGUCCCAAGAAAUGUGACUAAGCAUUCAAAGAAAGGUGCUCCUUUUUCAAUGGCAUCUAUUCAAUGCAUUCGGCAAUAUAACAUCCCUGAUUACUACCAGUGUCUCUGCUGUUUGUAUUGUACUUGGUUUUUAUGUUUGCUGGUUAUGGAUAAUGGUGCAAGCCUUUCCUCCAUAUUGAAUCAUUUCGUGUUUAUGCUUGAUAAUAUAAUGACAAGAUCCGAACCAUUCAUUGACAUUUUUAUAAAAGAACGAGUUUUUGAACAGCAAAAAAGAAUGCUUUUGUUUGCAAAAAUGGAGAAAAAUCCUCGUUCCUGGAUUUCUAAGCCAGUAAGAAUGUGCUAUUAUGAUUCUGUAGUCAUGACAACCAUGUCUUAUCUUGAAUGUAUGGUCUACUUUGUAUCUACAUAUGUUGUACUAUCUCCAAAACUGGUCGAUGUUAGGAUAAGCAGUAGUAUUUGGCACUUCCAUAUUGUAAUCAAAUUUUACAUGAAGAGCGUCGUUGAAUGCUCAACAAAGCGAUUUACAAAUGAAGUAUGUUCGUGUUGUCUAAGUUUUCCCACUAUGUAUGAAGUGUGUUUAAGGUUUUUGAUUGGCUUAAAACAAACGGAAAUCUAUUUCACAAAAUCUUGUAAUUCCAAACGUUUGGCGGUAAUGAACUUCCUCAAAUUUGGAAUUCUGUACCAAACUCAGUAUGUCGUGGGGUCGGUAUAG